AUGCCUAUUGGAUCAUUAAUACAAUCAGCAAUUCUUGAUGAUGAUGAAUUUUGUUUAAAUGAUGAAGAAAAUUAUUUAAUAUUUGACAAUGAUGAUGGCAAGGAUUAUGAUUUCAAAAGUGAAAACGAAAAAGAGGAUUGGGAAUUGGAAUUUACAAUUUUUUUAAAAAACCAAACAAAAUAA